UCCGUGCACCCUGUUUUAUUCCAGCCUGUCAACCGCGCGAGGCGAAAAUGACAAGCAGGACAGCGGCGGAGUCCAGCCUCAGCACUGCGAUUACUACCACCACCACUACCACUGCUACUGCUGCUGCUGCUACCACCACCAUGCUUCACAGGUCGCGACAAUAACAAAACUUCUCCCCCCCAAAACAACAACACUACUACUGCUGCGCGCGGGCUGAGGUGCUGGAAGAGGUGGUGGUGGGGGAGAGAGAGAUAGAGAGAGGUAGAGAGACAUACAGAACUACAGAAAUAGAGAGACUACAGAGGGAGAGAGAGAGAGGGCUGCUGGUGCUGUCGGUGCUCUCGCAAAUGGACGCCCCGUUCCAGCAGCGCGAGGACCGUGAAGAUAGUACCCAGGAAGACCGAGAGGCACGUAAGGACAGCCCCCAGCGAGCGCGCGCAUGGGGGGACGCGUUCUGAGCUCGUCGUGAUUUUUGAUCCGUGUUCUGAUUUUUUUUCACCCAAAUAUUCGGAAAUCUUUUUUUCCGAAUAUUUUCUUUCUUUACUCCGUUUUUAUUGCGCAUCCACCUAAAACCUUUCAUCAUCCUCCUUUUGCUUUUAGCCUUCCCUCCUCAUCUUCCUCAUCCCCACCGUUCCACCGGAUUUCGCCACGCGCACCGAGCCCCCCGUCCCCCUUUUCCCCCAUGAAAAACAACCACCUCCGAAGCUGCUCCCGGGACGUGCGCGCGAUCAUGGCGAGCAAGAGCGUGGAAUGGUUGCAGGACGAGCUCGAGACCGGCGCGGGCUCCUUACUGCUGCUGGACUGCCGCGCGCACGAGCUCUACGAGUCGUCGCACAUCGAGUCGGCCAUCAACCUGGCUAUCCCGGGCUUGAUGCUGCGCCGCCUGAAGAAGGGCAACCUGCCCAUCCGCUCCAUCAUCCCCAACAACGAGGACAAGGAGCGGUUUGCCAAGCGCUGCAAGACCGACACGGUGGUGCUGUACGACGAGGCCACCGCCGACUGGCCCGAGAACGGCGCGGCGGGCUCCGUGCUGGGGCUGCUCAUGCAGAAGCUGCGGGACGACGGCUGCAAGGCGUACUAUUUGGAAGGAGGAUUUAACAAGUUUCAGACGGAAUAUCCCGAGCACUGCGAGACCAACCUGGACUGUUCCUGCCCGAGCAGCUCCCCGCCUGCUUCCGUUCUGGGAUUGGGAGGACUACGAAUAAGUUCGGAUUGUUCGGAUGGAGAGUCAGACCGGGAGCCUAGCAGCGCCACAGAGUCUGAGGGCAGCCCGUUACCCAAUAACCAGCCAGCCUUCCCCGUCCAGAUCCUCCCUUAUCUUUAUCUGGGCUGUGCCAAGGACUCCACCAACUUGGACGUUUUGGGCAAAUACAACAUCAAGUACAUCCUGAACGUAACUCCCAACCUGCCCAACAUGUUUGAGCACGACGGGGAAUUCAAGUACAAACAGAUUCCCAUCUCGGAUCACUGGAGCCAAAACCUGUCACAGUUUUUUCCUGAGGCCAUUUCUUUUAUUGAUGAAGCUCGUUCCAAAAAGUGCGGCAUCCUGGUCCACUGCCUGGCCGGCAUCAGCCGCUCGGUCACCGUGACGGUGGCGUACCUGAUGCAAAAGCUCAACCUGUCGCUGAACGACGCGUACGACUUCGUCAAGCGCAAGAAGUCCAACAUCUCACCCAACUUUAACUUCAUGGGGCAGCUUCUGGACUUUGAGAGGACACUGGGGCUCAACAGCCCCUGCGACAACCGCUCGCCCAACGACCAGCUCUUCUUCACCACGCCCACCAACCACAACGUGUUCCAGCUCGACACGCUGGAGUCCACAUGAGGGUCGGCCCGGGCGGGUCCGGGUGGGAGCGGCCACCCUUUCUGAAUGUUUGCCUCCUGGAGUCCAGCGGAGGUUCUGUUUGUUUGUUUUUGGACCUGGACGACCGGGCCAGGCGGGCAGAAUGCAGAGCGAUAAAGAGAGGGGUGGUUCGGACCCCUGGGGAUCGCUGCCCAGGAGGGUCCGACGUACGGAGGCUGACCUGAGGAGACCCCUGCUGCCAUACUGGGGAUUUUCGAUGCAGCUUUUCUUGCCUUUAUGGAAACAGACUGUUCUCAAUUUUUGUAAUAUUUUUGUUUUUUUGUUAUUUUUUUAUUUUCUGGCCUCGUUUUUGAGGAAACACCAGACUAGACUGAACAGAACAUUAAUGGAGCUUCAUACAAAGAGAAAGAGAGGAAAGCAACCCACCCACCCUCUUAACCCUUCAGAAACCCUCGAAAACCCUUCUAAACCCUCCUACACCCUACAUCCUGUCCUGAUGGGUGCCAAUGUAGUCGUGUCUGUAUUUGUACAGGAAGAAGGAGUCGUCACUCUACUGAAUGUGGGCGGAGUUUAUGGUUGUUGUAAAGACGAACAGCUGUAAAGGCAACAUGCACAUACUACGCUCCAGUACACACAGUUUGUAUUCCAGUCUGUAUACCAGUUUGUCACCCCAAAAUAAGUUGGCGGAGUAUUGUAGAUUGUAUCCGAGCAACAAAACGACAAGUAGAGAACGACGAAAGACAGACAUUGUGAACUAAUUGAGUUUGGAGGUUGUUCUUUUUAUCUCAAUAGGAAAGUUUGUUUUCUUUUAUUGGUUUUGAUUUUUUUUUUUUUUUAUCAUUUGUAAUGACCUAAUGCGGUUUGCACAGUGGUGAAGCCUUUCACUUCUUGGCACUUAAUAAACUGGUACCACACGAAUAAAGAGACAUUCAGAGGUCACCCAGGCUGGCGCUGCCUGUUCUAGGCUCCGGCGUGGCCUCGUAGCUGCCGCCUGGGACCGGGGCAGGGGCCGUACUGGGCUAGGGGCGGCGCACUUACUCAGAACUGUUCUUUAUGUCCUAGCUAGUCCCCGCAGAACGAAAAGUGUUGGUUCUUGUUGUUGGGUCGAUUCACCCUCAGGCCUUGUUGAUUAUACAGUAUGAAUAUAUAUUCUAUUACCUUUGAAAUAAGUAUUCACUCUAUGUAUUUGAGCAUGUUGCUCUAGAGUCGUGGUCUGGGGAGGGUUUGUUGGGAGGGUUUCUGGGAUGGGGAGGGAAUGGGGGAUGGUGAGUUGGUUAGUCGGCUAGUUGGGUUGUCGGCUAGUCAGCAAGAUGAUUAGUCGGCUAGUCAAUUAGACAAUUAGUUGGUUAGUCGGCUAGUUAGCUAGACGAUUAGUCAGCCAGUCAAUUAGUCGGCUAGUCAACUUGUCGAUUAGUCGGCUAGUAAGAAAAUCAAAUAGUCGGCUGGUAAGCAAAUCAAUUUGUUGGCUUGUCGGCAAGUCCUUUAGCUGCCUAGACAGCAAGUUGAUUAGUAGGCUAGUCAGCAAGUUGAUUAGUUGGCUAGUAAGAAAAUCAAAUAGUCAGCUGGUAAGCAAAUCAAUUAGUUGGCUAGUCGGCAAGUCCUUUAGCUGCCUAGACAGCAAGUUGAUUAGUUGGCUAGUCAGCAAGUCGAUUAGUUGGCUAGUCAGCAAGUCGAUUAGUUGGCUAGUCAGCAAGUCGAUUAGUUGGCUAGUCAGCAAGUCGAUUAGUUGGCUAGUCAGCAAGUCGAUUAGUUGGCUAGUCAGCAAGUCGAUUAGUUGGCUAGUCAGCAAGUCGAUUAGUUGGCUAGUCAGCAAGUUGAUUAGUUGGCUAGUCAGCAAGUCAGUUAAUUGGCUAGUCAGCAAGUUGAUUAGUUGGCUAGUCAGCAAGUCGAUUAGUUGGCUAGUCAGCAAGUCGAUUAGUUGGCUAGUCAGCAAGUCGAUUAGUUGGCUAGUCAACAAGUCGAUCUGUUGGCUAGUCAGUCAACUAGUUGAUUAGUUGGCCAGUUGGUGGCUUGGCUAUUCAGCUUGGCAUAUAGUCAUCUAGUCGGCUAUUUGGUUAGUUGGUUAGUUGGUUAUUCCUUCACUUGGUUGUUGGGAAAUCGAAUGUUUGGAACCGUUUUUUUAACUCGUAUCGCUGCCCCCAAGGCAGCAUACAGUGCGUGGCGAGAGUUUCUGUCCACAGAAACGUUUAGACUGGACUUUAGACAGGACAAGCGCUCGAGUUAGCAGGGGUUGCUUUAAGCUGGCCUUAUAUAACAUUUUUAAUCCUUUCCUAUUCUGACUGUUCUGUACUGUUUGUAUCUCACUUUAGAAAAUCGUUGUAUAAAAAUUCGUUCGUUUUUAAAAAGAAACCGAUAUGUAGUAAUAAUAACGGACAACUAAUGGUCUUUAACGGGUCAGUCGAGGUUGUAUUAUUUGUUACUCUCUGCAAUAUAUACAUACAAACAUCCUAAACAGCAGUAUUUUCUAAAAAAAAAAAAAAAGAACAAAAAAAACUUGCAACGUUCUGAAAAGGCCUCGGGUUUUUAACUCCUUUACUUUUUCUACUCGAAUUCCACGGAAAAACAGCUCGCUUUGGGACUGAGGUAGCUUUUCGCCUGGAGCGUCCAAAGCACAGGGCUCAGCAUCGCAGCAUCACACACACUGGUUAACUCCGAUCACGACGGCCUGCUCGCAACGUUUCUUCAUCUCUGUUCGGUUCCGUUGGUCCCGUUCAAUCCCGCGGAUUUACGUAAUGUGCUCCGUGCUAUUCCUGUGGCCUUUAAUGUAUUGAAAUAUAUAUUUAUAUAUUUCAGCGCUGUCAUGCAAUAACAUUGUAUCUUCUAUUUUCUUUUUGGCGUGUUCUUUUCCUGUAUGACUCAAUAAGAAUCUGACUUUUACAUUAGGUCUAAAUGGAUCAAUAGAAAUGCUUCAAAAUUAGUUGCUUAUGAAUCAGAUCUUUUUCCACUGACUUCAAUUAAACGUUAUCCCUCCUGUUAUGUAAAACUGUUCCUUGGUCAGGUUGAAGCAGUUAAUAUUUAACCAUCCAAAAUCCAUAAACACAAUUUUUGGCUUUAUUAUUAUUAUUAGAUUAAUGAAUAUUUAGUGUAAUUAAAAAUGUAUAUUUUGAUGAGCGUAAGCAGGGUUUACCUAAAUUACACAGGUUAUGAUAAUGUACCAUUUUUUUAUUUGGAAUUAUUUUUUUAACUAUUAUCUAGUUAUAUAGAGAGAGAGAUAUAGAAUGAACAGAGAAGCAGAAAAGGUGGUCCAAAAAUAAUUACUAAUAUAUUUCCUGCAUUUUUAAACCAAUCAAUUUUCCCCACAUCAUGACAGGAGGGUUACAAUGUUUUUUUCCGUUGUAAAGUUAAAAGAUACAAAGUUUUUUCACGUCAGCGAUGAUUUAUAUAUAUAUUUAUAUAUUUAUAUGUAUAUGUAUAUAAAUAAACAAAUAAUUAUUAAAUAUAUUGAGUAGAUAUGCAAUAGUCUCCUCCCAAAUAUAUAUAUAUAUAUAUAUAUAUAUUACUGAGGAUGACUAACUCUCGUGCUUGAAGCCCCUCAUCCAUUGGAGGUUGGCAUUCGGUCACAAUAAGGAAAAUAAACGGCGUUUGGUCUCGAGUCAAACUCUCAGCACCCGAGACUGAGACGUAUUUCAGUACGGAGCUUUUUUACUUUCAUUCUUUUCUGUUUUGUAAUUUUUUUGUAAUUGUUCUGUUUAAUUUAAAUAAUGUAAAUCCUUGAUUUCAAGCUGCUUCUUGUGGAGGAAUGUUAGUGUGUCCGUAACGGCGGGAAAAGAAACGUUAUUUUCUGUCUGUAAAUCGCCAGAAACACAGGAGCUCUGCUUACUGUGGACAUUUCUUGUAGCUACAACUUCGGAAAGAGGCAGCGAGAGAGUGAGAGUGAAAGAGCAUGUAACAGAGUGUGUGAGAGAGAGAGUGAGGGAGGAAUGAGAGUUGAAUAACAAAAAAUGUAUAUCUUACCUCACUGAGGAAUUUUUCAGGGAUUUUUGACAAUGCAUCUGCAUCGUGUUACAGCUUCAAAUACAUGACGAAUAGCUGUUUUAUAUGUGCUGUAUACAUUUUUUAAAAGAUGCAAUCUAUAUAUGUGUAUAAAACUGGGCGCUUGGUAACAGGGCAGUUCGAUUUUCUGAUUUAUGAAGGAUAUGAAAUUGUCCGUAUGUAUUAUAUAGUUAUAUGGAACACAAACACAACAAGACAUGUUUAUACUGCAAAUAAAUAUUGAAUUAUUUUUUUGGUUAA